UAAAUAAUGUCGAGCUGGAUGGAAUAACCCAAAAACACUAACUUUAACUUCACUUAAGUAUCAGUCCGGCUGUUAGACGUUUCGUUAUGACUGUUGAAACGAAGUGCUGUCUUAUAAAGGCUAGCAAGUAACGCAAGUAGCUUGAUAUCGCUAAGUAGUCAUAGAAAAAUAACAUGAAAAGGGAUCAUUUCAGAAAACAUGGUUGCUCUUGUCUUAUUUGAAGCCGGGGCCGGAGGUAUUAUAUCGCUACGAGUUGGCGGAUUGAAUGGAAGGGAGCGAGAUAAGGAACCGAGCUGAUCCGGGCCAGUCCAGGCCAGGUCGAGAUACGAGAGACAGUAGCACCCAGACUGACAGCAGAGUACAAGGUUAUGGCCCCCGGUUAUCAAAGGUAAAUCUGUUUACCUUAUUGAGUUUGUGGAUGGAGCUGUUCCCUCAGGAAAAACGUGAAGAGGAUGACCACAGUCAGAUCCGCAGGAUGGGUCUGGUGGUGGCACAGGACAGUAAGGUGGUGGGACUCCACUGUUCAGGAGCUGAGCUCCAUGCAGGACAGGCAGCUGUUAUCCAACAUGGCGCCCGCAUGGCUGGCUGUCAGUUGUACUUCUCUAGGAGACCCUGUGCUACCUGCCUGAAGAUGAUCAUCAACGCUGGGGUCAGCCAGAUCUCCUUCUGGCCUGGAGACCCAGAGGUCAGCAUGCUGAGGUCCACCUCUACAAACCAUUCAAACGCCCAGUCCCACAGUCCACCUGACUGCAUCACGGAGGAGGCGGCACUGGACGCUGUGGUAACGGGCAAGCUGAAGUCCAACAGCCGUCCUCACAUCUGCGUGCUGCUGCAGCCGCUGGCACCUGGCCUGGCACAGUUUGUUGACGAGACAUCCAGAGAGUGUGAAUUCAUGGAGAGAGUGAAUGAUGAUGAACCAGGGCUGAACACAGUGGAACUCUUCAACAGAGAACGAAAGAGACACCUGAACGAUUUCUCCAGACAGUUCCUGGUGGGGAUGUCUGAGGAGCACCGGGAGAUUUUGACGCAGAUGGGUCUGGAGAACUUCUGUGUGGAGCCGUACUUCUCAAACCUGAGACACCACAUGAGGGAGCUGGUGGAAGUUCUGGCUGCAGUGGCUACUGCGGUGCCACUGCGACACCACGGAUUCUACAGGGAACGGUGUUCAGCCGCUGAGCCACCACUGGCCAAGUCCUCACUGCCUCCUCGCCUUGAGGGAGUGUCCCAAGAAGUGGCGCGUCACUGUAUCAUCCAAGCCAGACUGCUGGCCUAUAGAACAGAGGACCCCAAGCUGGGGGUGGGUGCUGUUAUCUGGGCCAGAGGACCUUCGGCUGGCUGCGACGGAACGGGCUGUCUCUGCCUGGUGGGUUGCGGCUACAACGCUUACCCGGCAGGCUCGCACUACGCUGAGUACCCACAGAUGGACAACAAACAGGAGGACCGACAGAGACGCAAAUACAGAUACAUUGUCCACGCAGAGCAGAACGCCCUCACCUUCAGGACUCGAGACAUCAAACCGGGGGAGCCCACCAUGCUGUUCGUAACUAAAUGUCCGUGUGACGAGUGUAUCCCUCUCAUCAGAGGAGCUGGCAUCACCGACAUCUACACCACGGACCAGGACAGGGACAAAGAUAAGGGAGACAUUUCCUACCUGAGGUUCAGCAGCCUGAAGGACAUCAGCAAAUUCAUAUGGCAGAGGAGCCUUUCUGUGUGCUCAGCGUCCCCUCCCCACUUUGCCAACGGCUAUGUCGGGAAGCACGACAGGCAGACUGAGCAGGAGAACCACAGCAACAAGAAGCUGUGCGUCAACAAAUCCCAAGACUCACCUUCUAUCAGCUGAACAUCAGCCCUGGACUGACGGACCACAGAAUCGUGUUUUUACCUCAUGUGCCACGGAUGAGAUAUUUUGCUGCGCAAAAAACACAGCUAAAAUUGAGAGAAACUGGGAUAUUAGUCAUCUCCUCCCUCAAGAUCAAUUCUGUGCCCCGCAUCAUUUUAUGUUAUUUAUUUGCCCUUUAAUGCAGGACUGCUGCCUGUUUUAUGUUUUAUACCAUGCUGAGUGAUAACAGACCAAUUUCAAACUGGAGAUUGGUACAAUUCACACUUAAAAAUCUUUAUUCGAAAUACAUGGGGCUGCUUUUAAUGGGAACUGUUAGUGGUAUGUGAUUGGAGGACAGUGCCCCAAGUCCUUUAAGGCCAAAAGAAGUGGGAGCCUUCCUUAAACACUUUCUCGGAAACUUUCCUGCCACUUUGUCUUUGGCAAGUCCAGUCCUUCAGAAGUCGUUGGAAGUGAGUUGGAGAGACAAGAAGAAACUGGAAGGGAAACUACUAACAAGGGAUGGAUGGAUGGAUGGAUGGAUGGAUCGGUGAUGGAAGAGGUAAAGAAUGUAUGGACAAUUUUUAAGUGACGUGAAUGAAGGUAGAAAAUAUGGAUACUACCAAAAAAUUUAUUUCCAAAUAGUAAUAUAAACUCUUAUAUGUAGAUUUGUUCAUGUAAUUUAAUUUUUUUAUGUAAGUGGUGAAUGGCUUAUUUAAAUGGUAUAAGGUAUUGUAUAUAAAGACAUCCGUAUGUAUGUGUGCACAGGUUACGAUGGGUGUAGCUCCUGUUGACUUGAAUAAGGUUUAAUAGAAUGCAGAUUCUGUAUAAGACUGCAGCGCUGCUCCAUACACGUGUACUUGGUGGACUGUUCCUUUUAAAACGUUCGAAAGACACGCAGCGGUUUUUUUUUCAAACGGUAGGAUUUAAUUUAGGAUCGUAAGUAUAUUGUUUUAAAUCUGAUUUGCACAGAAGCAGAAUGCACUCCCUUUGGAUCUCAGGCUUGAAGGAAUCGAAAUCUCUUCCAAUUACUUAUUCAGUGUAGAGAGAGGCAAAGAGGAAGCCACGUGCUCGUUAUGAAAGGACGCGUGAGAUGUAUGGGCAGCGAGAUUUAGUUUCAAGAAGUGGUAAGAAAGAAGCGACACAAUUGAUUUCAUAGGAAUAAACAGACGUUCGCGAAAAUGCCGUUCGAAGCAGCUUUAAGAAAGAAGGAACUUGAUUACACACCUUGACUCUCGUGUCAUUUUUAAAAUAUAUUUAUCUACAAUGUUGAGGAAUUAUGUUAAUUUCCAGCUUUAAUUUCUUGCACAAGCACCCGUUCCAUUUGCACUGUCUAUCGCACCUUUCUUUUCUGUUUGUAAUAUAACGUGCUUUCAAACAUUGCUAUAACUUAAGUUCAAAACACAGAGAGACAGUUAAUCUUUAUCUGUGCAGCCAUUCAGCAUGAUCCAGAAGAAACAUCAUGUGCUUAAGUGUUAAGACACCGUUCAUGGUAAACAUCUUAAUAACUGGCAUUUAAGCAAAAAUGAAAAUAAAGUUCUUAUUCAGAAAAUAUAAGAGGUUUGCUUAGAUGAGUGAGUUAUUACCAUCAGUAACUGUACACCACCUGCCCAUAAACAAGUGACAAAUGAGCAAACACGCAACAUCUGCAUUUCCAUCCUUUUAUUUGCUGCGAAUGUGGUACAGUAGCAUCAAUGUGGAAAAUAAGAUGGCUGCUUUAAGAGAGGGCAUUGGGAAGAUAAUGGGGAGUUUUGUUUGACCAUUAUUAUAGUUGUAAAACAGGCCAAAACAAAUCACAGAAAGAGUUGAGUUUGGCUCAAGUUACGAGUCUUGCAUCUCAUGUUAGAUUCUGAUAUAGUAUAAAUACUGUCACAGCAUUUAACAUCCAAAAUAGCUGGUGUUGUUUUUAGUUUUCAAAAAAAAAAAGAAAAAACACUUUUUUCCAUUUUUUUUAUGCCAGAUGAAAAAGCAAAAAAAGCAAAAUGGCACUUUACAGGUUUACAAUUGUUAAUCACCCUACUUGUAUUCCACUACUGCCUUUAUUUCUGUUUGAUUCAAUGUAUUUAACACGAGACAGCUAAACAGUUUGAGUUUGAAAUUUACUUUGAAACUGCUGAGCGAAAUCUUCGAGUCCUGAUUAAAAGGCUUUUUAAAGUUUUUUAUUUUAUUCAUCAUGACUCCAUUAAACACAAAACUUGUUUAAAAACUUUGAAGAAUG